AUGGCGCUGGGCCCCUGGCCAAGCGGGCAGGCCCAGGCUUGCCGCUGUGCCAUGGCUGCCCUGGAGACCUCGUUGGAGCGUGGUGCUGAGAGGAGUGGCUUGAGGGCAGCUGUUGGGAGCCAUGCCAGGCCUGCCGCAGGGCAGGAGAGUGCCACGGGCAGGCAGCGGGCGGCGAGGGGCUGCCUGUGCCUCCCUCCGCUGCAGCCCCCUGGCACGAAGCCACCACAGAGAAAGAAGCAGUGGCUGCCAUGCAGGAGUGCCACCACCACCAAUGUGCGGGCAGCUGCACACCACCACAAAACCAGAAAGCAGCAGGCCUGCUCCUCUCCAUUGCUUGAAAUCCCGGGGCCUGGGAGGAACCCUGACCCAGGCCAAAAUAAUGCAGAACAGAAUUGGAAGGAUGCAGAAAUAAACAAGGCUGUAAUACCAACUGCCACCGUUUUGGACUCUGCUCAAACAGAUCAAGGUCUUUCUGCUCAGCUUAACGAAAGCCUUCGAUGGGAUGGGAUUCUUGAAGAUCCUGUAGCAGAGGAAGAAAGGCUGCGCAUCUACAAGAUGAACAGGAGGAAACGGUACGAAUUGUAUCUCCAGCAACACCUGCCCAGUGAGCCAUGCUAAACUGCCAGGCAUUCCCCACAACUGCAUUGCAGAGCGUCAUGCACCAGCAGUGAUCACACCGUAUGUAAAGAAGAUUGCUGCAGUUGUUUUCCAGAGGAGCAAGCAUGA